AGGACAAUCUGAUGCGGUUUUUUUAAAAUCUGAUGCGGUUUGAUGGACCGCAACAGAAAACCCGUUAUUUUCCUCCCAAAAAUCCUGCGUCAGAUUAUUAGCCCAAUUCCCUCGUGGCCCAGUCCCCUCAUGGCCCAAUUUCUCUCUCACUCAUCCUCUUCCCUCCCCUGUCUCUCUCUCUUACUCUUUUCUAUCCUCUCACGAACGAAGCAACCUCCUCUCUUGCACAGUUCGUCGAUCUUCACCUCGUACAUCUCUCUCAGCCCCUCGGCAUUCAUCUCGCAAGGCUCUGUUUGGGGACGCAUUUCAGGUGACUUAAAUGAUAAGGUGCUACAAUGUUAAGUCACCUUAUAUGAUUAGUGGUGUUUGGUGGAGGAACUUAAAUAAAAUUUAAGUCCAAAAAUGGACUGAAAUUGAGUUGGAGUAAAAUAUAGCGUCUGAGAUCAGGUGCUGAAAUUUUUUUUAUUUUCUUUUUAUCUUUUUAAAUCUAAAAGAUAUUUUCUUAAAUAUUUAAUAACCCUAAUACAUGCUUAAAGAUUAUUUUUUGCUUUUCUCCUCAAUUCUACCGUCAUUCUACAGAGGUUAGAGAUCAAAAAAAAAUUCAAACUUUCAGUUUUGCAGAUGGCAACAACAAAUGAUGCAAAAGAAGGAAACUAUAUAUGGUCAGAUGAUGAGAUGGUACUCUUCUGUGAAAUUUUAAUCGCAUCUUUUGUGAAAAAUGGGCGAGGACAAGGAGUUAAGUGGUCCUUAGUUCAGAAACAGUUGGAGAAUGAACUAAGUCGAAAAUGUCCAGUAAAAUCUUUAAAGAAUAAGUAUGAUUCAAUGAAGAGAGAUUGGCGGCUUUGGAAGUUCUUGAAAACAGGAGAAACUGGCCUUGGGUGGGAUUCAGUGACAGGAAAGAUACAAGCCUCAAAUGAUUGGUGGGAAAAAAAAAAUUAUGGAGAAACGUGAGGUAAAGAAGUUUCGAAAUAAAGGAUUGCUUCCUGCCAUAGAAGAUUUAUGGAAUCAAUUAUUUCAAGAUGGUUAUGCUACAGGUGCUAAUGUUGUGUCAACUAAUAUUGAUCCAUCAAGUAUGAAACAGGAUGAAAGAAGUGGUGGAGAUAAGAAUGAGAAUAAUGUUGAUGAAGAUUAUGAGAUUGAUAAUGAUUCUAUUUAUCCAUCCCAUUAUCCUAGUUUGGAUGAUUUGGAUAAUAGACUAGGUACCUUGGAAAAUCAAGAGCGAGGUUUUUAUAGUAACUUACUAAUGGAUGUCACGUCUCAAGUACCUGGUUUUAACCCUAGUAGUGGUUAUAGUGCUGAAUCACCUAAUGUUGGUGUUUGUGGUGCUUCUAAUACUAAAGAUCCUAACCAAGCAUCCAAUCACGAUGGGGGCACUGAUAAUUCUAAACAACCUCAAAAAUGUGGGAAAAAGACUACAAAACCAGUCCUAAUGAAGCGUAGGGGAAGACAAUCAAGUGGAUCAGCUAUGUUAUCUAGUCAAAUUAACACUAUGGUUAGUAGUUGUAAUCGAGCUUUAGAAUUGAUGGAGGCUGACACCAAUCUUCCGAAUGUAGCAAACACACAUGGUUCUUCUAAAGAUGGUAGUGUUGCUCAAGCUAUGGCUAUUGUUAGUCGAAUGACUACUAGUGGAUGUGGACUCCUUAAAUAUAGUGAUAUGUGGUGCUUUUUGGUCAAUUUGAUUGAGGAUAGUGCAAAAAGAGAAUUAUUUAUUCACAUGGAUGAUGAUGAAUCAAGAAUGACUUGGUUAAAGUAUAUGGAGACCAAAGACAAGUGAAAUGUUAGAGUUUAUUGUUAUUGUUAAAUUAUAGAAUAAGUUAGUGAAUUAGUUAUAUGCAUUUUUUUUCUCAUGUUA